UUGUGGACCGAUCACAUCAGUUCGGAUUGUACAGUGAUCGUGCGCGGUGAUGAAGUGCUCAAAUUCGUACUUGACGUCGUAAACGAAACGUGCACUGUAUUUGUUUUUUAUAUUGGAAACUCUUUUACGAAUUUACUUUUAAAGGCAAUUGUGCUGACUUUAAUUCGCCGUGAUGCGUGCGGGAUUCGUUGCGAAACAAAAUUUACAAAGUGAAGAAGGAAGGGUUGAUUAUUUGAUUUGUGUAAAAUGAAAAAAGUGAAGCUUAAGUGGAAAUCUAAACCGGAAUAAAUAAAAUAUUUCAUGCAGAGAAAAAUGUAAAAAAAAUUAAAAAAAAAAAACAAAAAAAACAAGCUUACUUUCCGUCAAUUGGAGGCUUCAUUUCUGCCCCUCACUACAUCAUUAACGGAUGUGUUUUACACGUUAACUGUUCAUUUGCUAUUUGUAGAACAAAUAUAUAAAGUAAAGCAAAACAAAAUGUGCUUUAAAAAUAUAUAUGUGCAUAAAUAUGAAAGAAGUGAAGUCAGAAAUUAAAACCUACACUUGAUGCGUACUUCAGAAGAUAUUGAAAACAGAAAUGUUAAAAAUUUGAAUAUUGCUUAUAAAACAGUUAUACAAAAUUGUUGAACUAAACGAUAAAGUCGCAGGGCGGCUUUUGAUUUUUUUUUUUAAUAAAUUUUUUAGUAAAGCGUAAUUAUUGAAAACAAGAAAAACAACAAAAUUCUGAAGCUGGAAAUGCAUUUGGCAACGCACAAUUGCAACGAUCUUAAAAUUGAUACGAAAAAUAAAACGAUACGAAUUCACGGAAAGUACACGAAAAUCGCAAAAUUCACCGACUUCAGCACAGCUACCAAGAAAUUUGAAGUAAAUGCUUAUAGCUGAAAAACUUAGAAAAUUACAGUGUAACACAGCCGCCAAUGGGAUGCGUCCAACAACAGUUGUAAUACGCCGCCGCCGCCAAACUUAAAAUAUUUUAUGACCGUUAAACAUAUGCGCGUCCACACAUACAUAUAUACCAACAAAAGUGUUAGUGCGCAGCAAACUUUAAGUGCAGCCAGAAAUAAAAAAGAGUGGAACAAAUUAAAAAGAAAUUAUAAUAAAAAAAAAUACGUUCGCUAGUCAAAGUUACUUAGUAAAAUUAAGAAGACUUAUUCACGAUGGAGAAGCUGCGCGAUAAAAUGUGGUUUCGCCUCUCGGGUGGCGGGAGCAGUGGGGCAGAUUCCGCAGAUGAUGCAUCACCCACAAGCACCAGCAGUAUUAAUAAUUCGCUGGCGGUGCCCAGCUCAGGCGGCAGUGAGCCGUCGCGUUUUGAGAAGUUUCGACGUGCUAGCUUUCGUCGCAAAUCUACUGGCCACAUGCCGACACGUAAGCGUUCCAAAUCGCCCCAUUUCAUAUUGCAAGCGGACAAAUCCACUUCAUUGGAGGAAGCGGACGAGGAUGCGGAGAAGGAGCGCAACAAUGCAGUGUUGGCGCAAGGGCAGAUAUCGUCAGGUGAUGCGAUGAUCGGAGGCAACUUGCUUGCAUGCCCAUCACAACAGUCACUGUAUCAUAGUGAGGUGAAUAUUUUAUUGAAUGGAGCGGAGGGGCAUAUUACAGCACUGCCAUUGCUCAGCGAUCCCAAGCCGGAGUAUAAGAAGACGACACUCAAGUCCAUCAAAACUGAUCCACCGAAGCGCAAAUUCUACAAGUUCUCAUCUUCAUUAGCGCGUCGGCAUGGUUCAUUCGAGAGUGCUGAAGUACCACCGGCUGUAAGCACGCUUGCGCGCUUGGGUGAAUAUACACCAAAAAGCACCCACAAACAGCCUAACGCAAGAGUCGCCACCUCUGUCGCCGAGUAUAGUGAUGAGGAGGAUGAUAACGACGACGAUGACGAGGAUGCGGAUACGGACUCCACCGAUUCGGAUGACGAAAGCAGUGAUGCUGACGCCGACCAAUUAUCGCCUCAACGUGGCAAUGGUAAAGAGAAGAUACUGCUUACCGACCCAAAGUUUAAACAUAACCGCAUCGAGAAGAGUUCUUCCAAAACGAAGAUGACCGAUCUGGAGAAGCGCGAGAGCUUGAAACGUUCACGUAGUGCGCGCAAAAUAGCUGCGGCCGAACGUGUUGCUGCUGCAGCGGCAGCGGUAGUUGCGUCUUCUGCGGUGACGGCGGGUGAGGAGGCGGUAAGCCCACAAAAGAAGAAGGAUAAACGUGCGGAAAAAGAGGCGGCUAAGAAACAAUCACGUGGCCAUAAUAAUCUUAAUUUAAAUGCGCUCGUCAAAUUCGUGAUGAGCAACAAGAAAUUUCUAAAUACUGAAGAGUUUACAUUCACGCGUCGCAAGUCGGUGUCGGAAGUGGCCACAACGGCUAUCACUUUGGCGGCCACUUGCAAGCCAAUGCCGAUUGCGUUAAAGUAUCCGCCCGAAAAUGUAGUGGCCGAAACGCCGAAGGAGCAUGACACCAAGGCUGAGCGCAAUGUAAUACUUGUAAAGAAACAAAAUCUCAAGAAUUCAUUUUGCGAUCAUUUAAACAACAAUAAUAACGAGUGCGGCAGCGAUAAGAACAAAAAGAAGAAACAAAAGAAGCAGAAAAAGAAAUCAGUGGAGCUGGAGGAGUGUGUGAACAGAGAAAUCUACAAAUGUAUUGCUGAGGAUGAUACGCAAAAAGCAUUGGACGCCAAAGUGAAGCGCAACAGUUCAAACAGCUCGAAAAGCAGCAAAAGUAGCGGCAACUUUGAGGAUGAAGCUUUCUACUCUUGCGAUGAAUUGGAACGUGAGGAGAGAGCCAGAGCCAGUGGUAGUUAUGGUGGUGGCGGUAGUAGUCGCGGUGGUAGUGUAAGUGGCGUGGAGGCAUCGCCUAGCUCCAACACUUCUGGCUCCAAUUCAUCUGCAACGAACUCAUUGUCGCCGCCAAUUUUUGUGUCGACCGAUGAGGCGGGCACUCAAACAACAGACGUAAAGCGUAAAACAUCUUCCCCAUCUCUCACUUCGAGAGUUGCGGCCAAGAUCAACGAAAAAACGAAUAACUAUCGUAAUCGGAGAGCAGUCGCAGCUGCUGCGGCUGCAGCGGCGAGCAAAGUGGCCAAAAAGCAACGCAAGGGGCAGAUGUCCUUGACGACAAGCGGAGGUGUUGGUGUAGGUGCAAGUGCGGGCGCGAGCGCGAGCGCUGAAAAGCGCGCAGAAUUCUACAAGCAAUUAAGUGUUGAACGCUUGCACACAUCAUCCAUAGUGCGACAACCCUCCGAUCGCAGACCGGAUGCAGGCAACCAAGCGCUGCGUUCCAACGGCAAUGCCACAACGUCCGCCGACAACACAGACGAUGUACAGCUACGCUUGCCAUCGAGCGCUUCAUACCCAGCCAGCGGGCCGGGCGGCGAAUCAAGCGCUGGCGUCGCGGGUAAAGGCGCAUUGGGACGCGCAACGCGUGAAUCGAAUGUGCCAUUGCCAGGCGAUGCGGCCGACUUGUCAGCUGCAACCGAUACGAAUGCGCAGGAUGCAGCAGAAGGGAAAGAUGCACGCCGCGAACGUUUACAUCAGCAACAUCAACAGAAUAAAAGCGCACCCGUCUCGGUUAAUCGCUCCGAAUCAUACAAGGAGCGUUUAUCGCAAAAACGCAAUCGCAAUAGUCGACGCAAAACAUCAGAUCCUAGUCUGACGUCAAGGCCAAACGAUGAGCAAGCUGAUGUUGGUCUUUCCAAUUCCAAUUACACCGCAAGUUCCAAUUCUAGUCUUUCCUCGGGUGGCGGCUCUGAGAGUCCCAGCACCUCAAUGGAACAAAUGGGCGGCGCUGGUGGUGCAACAGCUACCGUCACCGGCCAUCCAAUCGCGCAUCAUCACAGUAUGCACGCCCACCAUAACACAUCGCACCACCACAUGCACCAGCACAGCCAUCAGGACUCAUUUCAUGGCAGCAUUGGUAGCGGCUCGAUGAACACUAGCUUUUGGGGCAGCAGUUUUGGUGGCGUGGGCAGUGGAGCGGCCGGUCAGCGACCAUGGAAUUUCGAGAGUGACGAUGAUGAUGAUCUCAACGAGGCCGAUUGGAGUUCAAAUGUUACAGCAGAGCUAUUGGCUGCGCUCACUGAUGCGGAAAAGAAGCGACAGGAGAUUAUAAAUGAAAUUUACCAAACCGAACGCAGUCACGUGCGCAUUCUCAAGCUCUUGGAGCGUCUCUUCCUCUUGCCGCUACAGGAAAGCAGUCUGCUCACGCCAGAACAUUUAGUGCUCCUCUUCCCGCCCGCUCUACUCUCGCUGCGUGAAAUACACUCUACCUUUGAGCAACAACUGAAGCAACGUCGUGUCGAACACAAUCAUGUGGUCACACACAUCGGCGAUCUGCUGUCCAGCAUGUUCUAUGGAAAGUCCGGUGAUGAGCUGUGUCAAUAUGCGGCACAAUUUUGUGCACGCCAACAAAUCGCUUUGGAAGCACUGAAAGAGAAACGACGCAAGGAUGAACAAUUGCAGAAGCUAUUGAACAAGGCGGAAUCGCAUAAGGCGUGCAGGCGUCUGCAAUUGAAAGACUUGUUGCCGGCGGUGUUGCAGCGUCUCACCAAGUAUCCGUUGCUCUUUGAGAAUCUGUACAAAGUAACCAUACGCGUGGUGCCCGAGAACACAACCGAAGCGGAGGCCAUACAGUGCGCGCUGGAGUCGUCGAAGAAGAUACUUGUUGAUGUCAAUCAGGCUGUGAAGACCGCUGAAGAUGCGCACAAAUUGCAGAACAUACAAAAGAAAUUAGACAAGUCUACUUUUGAUAAGGACGAAUUUAAGAAUUUGGACCUAACGCAGUACCGUCUUAUACACGAUGGUAGCUUGACAAUGAAGAAGAAUCCCAGCAUACAAUUGCACGGUCUACUCUUUGAAGAUAUGAUUGUGUUGUUAACAAAACAGGACGAUAAAUAUUCAUUGAAAUAUUUGCAUGCCACACGCAACAUGGAAGUCAACAAUAAGCCCGUCAGCCCUAUCAUGAGCAUCGAUUCUGAGACGCUGGUGCGGCAGGAAGCCGCUGAUAAAAAUUCAUUCUUUUUGAUUAAGACAAAAACAUCACAAAUGUUGGAAUUACGCGCACCAAGCAGUUCCGAGUGUAAAACAUGGUUCAAGCACAUUUCCGAUGCCGCUGAACAGUACAAACCACGCUCGAAGAACGCCAAUCAUGAACCAGUCGACGAUCCAGCGAUCGCCACUUUACCGCAUUCCAAUACGAAGGAGUCCCUUGAACUCACACCAGAACGGCCGCCACCAGCUUCGGCCACCGCCACGGUGACGACUACACCAUUGGCGCCCAUGAUGCCCAUCGCUACGGCGACUUCGGUCAAUGUCAACAACAACAAUAAUAACAAUAAUGACCAACAUAACGUACAAUUGCGAAAUGGGCGUCGGGAGAGCACCUCAACAGCUGGCAGCGCCGACCACAAAAUGCGGCUUAGUCACAACGAGCUCUCACCUUCGAUUGGCUCAUCGUCAGCCGCAUUGUCAUCCGUCUCCACAGCUUCGCUAUCGUCAUCGUCUGCGGUCAACCGCACAAUGUCGACGCGCAGUUGUGGCGAACCCAACAACAAUAACGGCGGCUACGAGAAUUCGAGCGUAACUCUUCGUCACACACAGUCAGCGCGUCAGGCGAACGGUCACAAUGUUGGUGCCGGCGCGGAUGAGUUUGGCUCGAAUAUAAGCGGCACGAGCCUCGGUAGUGGUUCGAAGCGCGACAGCGCCAGCAUUGUGUACUCAAAUAACUCGAACAAUACGCGUACGUUGAUGCAAUCGUCUCCGCCAUUGGUCGAACCCACCGCCAUACAGAUCAGCAUUAGUCCGGCGCAUACCGCCGAACCGGUACUCACACCGGCCGAGCGACUCCGUCGUCUGGAUGCGUCAAUACGUGACGGCCUGUUAGAGAAACAGAAAAUCAUUUGUGAUAUGUUCAGGCUGCCGGUGGAACAUUUUCAUGAGAUCGUCGACAUUGCGGCGAUGCCGGAAGCGCCCAAAGACAGCGCCGACAUUGCAUUGGCAGCGUACGCGCAGGUACAAUCACUAACCGAGGUACUAAACGAUUAUAUGCAUGUGACGCCCGAACAUGAAAUAUCUGCUGUAUCCACGGCUGUUUGCGAUCAGUGCCACGAAAAGCAACAGCAACAGCAUCAUCAGCACAGCCAACGGCCGCUGACACCGCUCACGGCCGCCUCAUCGAAUUCAUCUUCAACAUCAACAAUGAACUCGACCGGCUCUUCGACUACAACACAAAUAGCAGCCACGAGCAGCGUUGCAGCUGCGGCUACAUUAGUAGACACACCACCACCCCUUCCGCCGCCGAAUAAGCAAAUAGCACAACAGCAAACACCCACCGCCAACACCCCGACCAGUACACGUACCGUGCUGCAAAAUGCAUUGCUAGAUGAGGAUAUACACGAAGACGACGAUGGCUACUGCGAAAUCGACGAGCUGCGGCUGCCGGCUUUGCCACCGUCGCUAGCGUCAAAGGCUACCAAAGCUUCAUCUCCACCGCCGCCUUUACCACCUCCGGCUGGCAAUUUUAAAGCACCACCGCUGCCCCCACCACCAGCAGCAACAGUAACAACUCAACAUCACCAACUGCAACAGGAGGAGAGGAGUAGUUCCAAUGCAGUGACCACAAACUCGACUCUUCCUGAGGAAAACACUAAAACUGCGAACGCAGCUGAAUUGGUGAAACGUCAAAGCACAAUUAGCGCGGAUAGCAUUCCCGAAGAAUCUGCCGACGAGGUCACGCAGGCGUUAAGCGAAGAUAAAGAGGGCGAGCCGGUAACUGGCAAAGAGGAGGAUGUAAAUAUUAAGGAAGAUGAUAGUACGUUUAUGGCAGAUCCCACAGUUGGACAAACACAUAAGGAGGAGGCGAAGCAGGAAAAAAUUGAGCUCGAAGUAAAGGAGGAGGUGACAAGCGGUGACGAAAAGAAGGAGGCAGAUGAAAACAAAACAGCAGAUGAUAUAGCAAACGCAACCACAACAGUCACAAGCGAUUUGGCAGAGACUACAGCAGUGGAGACUACUGGCUCCACUGAGCCGCAAAACGAGCAGAAUGCUUCGAAAGAAUGUGAAGAGACAGCAGACAAACCAACAACAACGGAUGCCACCAUAGCGUGCGGUGAAAAAGAAGCAGUGGACACAGCUGCACCAACAACAACAACUACAGCAAGCACUAACAAUACCCACGCCGAAGAGCACAUGGAAGUCAAUGACGCGUAUGAAACUUUGUCGACGCUGAGCAGUAAGCUGAGCAGUGUUCUGACUAUGGUCGAUAGCUCCACGCAGACAAUACCAACGGCACUGGCCACAAUUCCGGCAAUAGUCAACACAAACACCAAUCUUCCUGUACACUGCGGACCUAACCGCAUACAGCACGCCAACUCGCUGGAGCCAAGCGUGCCUUGUCAUGCGCUGAAUACGAUUGUUAGCUCAUUGAAUUCGCAAAUUUCAUUACUUUUGCCAAAGAUCAAUGAACGCGACAUGGAAAGGGAGCGCCUACGCAAAGAGAAUCAGCAUUUGCGUGAAUUGUUAAAUGCGAUGCAUGAACGUCAGCGAGUUGAAGCAAAAUUGGAAACUCCAACUGAUGCGAAUGCUAUGAUCAGUGCCGCUGAUACAACAUUAACCGAUGAAACGGAUGGCGACAAUGUCAAAACCUCAACCCCCAAGAUCAACUCCAACUCCCCAGCCGAUUUAGUGGCAGCGGCGGACUCCACACCUAUGGCACCAAGUGUCGGGAACACAGCAACACAGGAGGGCGUGAACGCCACCACAACAAAAUCAACAGUUAACAAUACAACAACAAAAGCAUCAUUAGAUCAAGCUACCACACCAACAACUAAAACAGCACCACCCCAGGCAGCAGCAGCAGCAGCAGCAUCAACUGAUAGCGAGAAUUAAACGAAAAGGGCCAAAAAGAAAGCAAUUAGAGUAUUGACUAAAUGUAAACAAAAUUUUGUAGAUAUAUAUAGAUAUAUACCAAUGGAUGUAUGCAUGUAUAGAUGUUGCACGAUUUCAAUUACUCGAUGUUAUUAUUAAAGAAUAUUGGUGAAGCAGAAUUGUUGUCGUGGUCGUCGGCGUCGUAAACGCGGUUCGUACAAGCGUACCUUGGUUAAUAGGAGAUAAAAUUGCAUUUUGUAGAAGAAAAUCAUGCAACAACGGCAACAGCAACAGCAACAACAAUAAUUAUUAUAUAUUAAAUAAAAUUGUAUGUACUAUGUAUAAUUAAUUUUUUUUUUCGUAAACCAAUGCGCAAGAAAUUGCAAGAGAAGAUAUGUCUUUAAGUAAGAAAAACAAACGGAUAAAUAAUUGUGUAUUAAGUAAAGUGGAAAAAUUAUAUACAAAUACUUAUAUACAUACAUAUGCGUUUCAUGUACUUGUCGAUCGUUGUCUGUGGUUGUACCUACUUGUAUGCAUGUGAAACACACACACGCACAACUUUAGAAACAACGCUACACAUUCUCCAUUGCAUUGGAGUUUAAGCAUUUUCAAACAAAAAAAGAAAAUUAAAAGUGCUGUUCGACUUGAUUAAAAGUGAAUUUUGUCUUUGGCUACAGUCCACAUUGUGUGUAAGCGAGGGAAAGCUUAGCGCAAUUUUUGAAUGGCUACAAAACGAUUAAGUGGCAUGAAGCGAAGCAAGGCGGACUGUGGGUGCUUUGCAAAUCUUGCAGCAGACAAUUGGACGCGCGAAUUCGAUGAGCUUUACUUAAUUGUUGAAUCAAUGAAAGCAUUUUAUUCACCACUUUUCGAAUAGGGAUCAUAUAAAGGCUGAUAAUAUCACGUGAAAAAUAAGCUGUCACCUUCCUGAAGCUUACGCGACUCGCGGGCAGCAUUUUUAGUGGUAAUUUUUCGAAUUUUUAUGUGUGAACAAUAAAGCCUAUUUUUCGUGCGCCAACACUUGCAUGUUUGAUGAAAAAUACGCCGCACACGCCUUACACUACUUUUACACAAUUAUAGCGAAAAUGCGAAUUACAAUAAAUGACACAACAAAUUUUGAACACUAAACUGAUGUAUGUUUUUUGCAAAAACAUACAAACAUACGUAUGUAUAUGUUUAGUAGAGUAAACCACAAUGGGAAUACACACGUUUUGAUUAUCUCAUUUAACUACAAUACAUAAGUGGAUUUUGUAGCUAAAAAAAAUUGUAAUUAAUUUAGCUGAGCUUAGCGAAACAAUAUGAAUUUCAAAAGAAAUACAAGGUACGAAAAAACAUAAAAAUAUUGGACUUUUUUUAUAAAAAUAUGCUGCUAAAAGACGCUGUAUAAAUAGCUGAUCGCUGGUGUGAGCAAAAACAACAAAAAAGCAACAAAAACGUUGAAACGUGCUGUGAGUAAAACUCGAGAUAAGCUGAUAGAUAAGCUGCGAUUUAAAAUUCCAUGGAAUUGUGACUGUUGGUGUGAGCGAGGAGAGAGGAACGGCGGAAAGCUGACACUUUAUUAUUACAUACAUAAAUACCUACAUACAUAUAUCAAAGCAAUGGCGUCAAUGAAUGUUCUAUGGAAUCUAUGUAAUAUUUCUAAUCAAGGGGACAUAUUUGAAUGUCAACAGCAGCGAGCGGCUGUGGUGACUACGAGUAGCAGCAGUCGGACCUUUGACAUUAAAUAACUACUGCGCGCGCUUGAAAUGCAUUCACUAAUCGUUGGGUGUGGAUUUUGUAAAUUCGAAUUCGAUGGACUUUUGCACUACUAGACUGCGCACACUUAAAAUUUGGGUGUUUUUGAAACAUUUUUGUGGGUAAAUAAAAAUAUACAAACGAGAAAAUUCAAAUAUAGCGUUAAUGACAAAGAGGAGGGGACUAUUUUAGUUGAUGUUUUUUUUUUUUUGGGAGCGCAUAAUUUCAGUUGGAUUUUGAAUCGGUUGUAUAGUGAGUGAGUGAAUCGGAAAAAUAUUUUGGGUAAAGGAAUUUUAGAAAGAUAAUAAAAAACAACAGCAACGAUAAAUAAUUGAGAAAGGAAAAUUUGCAUAAGAACUAUAAGAGUUAGAAAUACAGCAUAAAAAUGAUUUAUUUUGAAUUCAGGUGGUUUUUAAAUCAAAUCAAAUCAAAAAUUCACAAAAGGCAAACGAGUUUUCACUACGGUUUCUAACAGCAUCGUAAUAAUUAAAGGGUAACGAAAAUUAAAUUUAUAAUUUAAUUUAGAUAAACAAAAUUGAUUAACUUUUCUAUGCCACGCCUUUCAUAAAAGUUCAACGCAUAUAUCUGUGUACUUUUGAUAAAACUACGUAACUCAAUUAAGCACUUUUUUUAUCAACCACUAAAUUGCUUGCUUUCCUCGAGAGCUUUAAUGAAUUAAUCAUUUAUAGCCUUAGUUUGAGUAGACAUCUUCAUAAAACUUCAAUGGAGUACUAAAUUUUUCUUUAAUAAAACGGAGUUUAUAGAUCUUAAAGCAAAACCUGCUUAAGUCACAUAAGUUGUUUUAUCAAAAGUGCGCAUAUGCUG